GCCACGCCCGCUUCGGCUACUACCAGACUAACUAGGUGAAGCACCUUGGGCAGACCGGGUAGACAAACAGUGGUCGCUGGUCUGCGUACACCGCGUUCUCAUCGUGCAAGCAAGGACCAAGAUGAUGGCUGGGUUGCAAGUCGCAAAGAGGGACCUUCGCCGGAGGAUGCGGGAUGCUCUCCAGCAGAUCCCCGCCGACUCUAUUGCCAAUCAAUCCAGAAUCGCUACGAAUCAACUCCUCUCUCUCCAGGAAUAUCGGGAUGCGAAGAGGAUCGGGGUCUAUCUGUCCAUGCCAGCCGGCGAACUCUCUACAACGGCGAUAGUGCAGGAUGCCCUGGCCAAUGGCAAAGAAGUCUUCGUACCUUACAUACACAAUUUCGAGUUGUCGUCACAGCCAAAGACAUCAGUCAUGGAUAUGUUGCUGCUGGAGUCGAUGGAUGAGUUCAGAUCGCUCGAGCCGGACAAGUGGGGAAUUCCAUCGCUGUCGCAAGCAAGUGUGCUUAACAAGAGGAACUGCUUCGGGGGCAAGGGAGUCUCACCCCAGCCCGAAGAUUCUACGCAGGGACCGUACGGGUUGGAUUUGAUUGUCAUGCCAGGAAUGGCGUUCGAUGAGGGAUUCAGAAGAUUGGGCCAUGGCAAGGGUUACUAUGAUCAUUUCCUGACAAGGUACUCCAAAGGUCCCGAGAGCACAACAACGGCACCGAAACUGCCUCUACUAGUCGCGCUGGCUCUCAAAGAACAAGUGCUGGCUCCGACCGAAAAGAUCCCAGUUGCGGAUCACGACUGGCUAGUAGACGUCCUCAUGGUCGGCGAUGACCGGUGCCUCGUGCGCCAACGCUGAUAGGAUAUCCAGAAAAGAAGCGAGCCCUUUCAUGUCCAUGUUUUCAUCUAAUGCGACAAUAAUGUGCAGAUAAUUGUACUCCAGCGAGAACCCGUAAAAAAAGUGUUUAGAAAAUGCAAACGAUAUCGUAUCACGGCAC